AUCAUAUCACAUUUUGUACAACCACAAAUGGGUUCGCUUCCUCAUGUUGUGGAAGACUGUCAUGGCAUUGUACAAAUCUUUAGUGACGGUACUAUUAACCGUCACGAAAACAUUGACUUUUCAGCUUUCAAAAUCCACGACGACGGUUCUGUCGCGUGGAAAGAUUAUUGUUAUAAUAAACUCCAUAACCUCCACCUCCGCAUCUACAAACCCAAAACCACCACUACCGCCACCACGACCGCUAAACUACCGGUCAUGUACUUUUUCCACGGUGGCGGCUUCUGCUUCGGCUCAUUCGCAUGGCCGAAUUUCCACAACUGCUGCCUCCGCCUCGCCUCCGCCCUAAACACUAUUGUGGUGGCCCCGGACUAUCGUCUUGCACCCGAGCAUCGGCUUCCCGCGGCUCUAGACGACUCAUUUGACGCGUUAAAGUGGCUCCAAGCGAUGGCGAAUGAUCAAAACCCGAACGGUGGGGAUGUGGUUGAUGGGGUGGACUUUGAUCGUGUUUUUAUAACCGGCGACUCGUCAGGCGGGAAUAUAGGUCACUACUUGGCAGUUCGGCUGGGCCCCGGCUCACCGGAGCUUACGCCGAUCAAAAUACGAGGGUAUGUGUUGAUGGCACCGUUUUUUGGCGGGAUGGAGAGGACAAAGUCGGAGGCUGAAGGGUUGCCGGAAAAGAUGUUGACCGUUGACCUUCUUGACACGUUCUGGAGAAUGUCAUUACCAAUAGGAACAAAGGCGGAUCACCCGUUCGCAAACCCCUUAGGGCGUGAAAGUCCAAAUCUCGAGUUGGUUAAGCUUGACCCGAUGCUCAUAAUAGUCGGAGGGAAUGAACUUAUGAAAGAUAGAGUGAAACUAUAUGCUAAUAGGUUAAAGGAGCUCGGAAAGAUAGCACGUUAUGUUGAAUUUGAUGGCAAACAACACGGGUUCUUCUGUAAUGAGCCUUACUCAGAUGUUUCAGAUUCGGUUUUGAGUCUGAUAAAAGAUUUCAUGUUGGAACAUUCGAGUUGACUAAUCGGGUCAUGUGUGUUUUUUGUGUUUUGAGACCUUGGAUGUUUGUUUUUGUUUGAUGUUUUCAUGUAAAAAUAGCCUCCUUGUAUGAGUCAAUGUAAUAUAUAUUAGAUUUAAUCUUUUAAGACCAAUUUUUGAUGCUA